UUUGACAGGUAAACAAACUCACGAGAUGGGGGCGGUAUAUGUAACAGUCGUUGUUGGCGAUGAUUGUGUCAUUCGCUCAGUGACAACUGACAAGGUAGCUGUGUUUCCGUGUCCGUGACAGUCCCAACUGUCAACAUGGGGCAGCACUUGAGUAGCUCUACACAGAGAUGGUUCAAGAAGAUGGAAGUCAAGCUGAUUAUGCAUGGACUGGAUGCUGCAGGGAAAUCCACAAUACUGUACAGGCUGAAACUAGGGGAGGUCGUUGAAACUAAUCCAACGAUAGGUCUUGUUCAGGAGACGGUAUCCUACAGGAACAUACACAUCAUAGCCUGGGAUGUUGGCGGAAGGUCGGCCAUUCGCCCUCUGUAUCACUACUACUACACCGGCACCUGCGCCGUACUCUUCGUGGUUGACAGCAACGACCGGGAGCGCGUGGAACAUGCCAGGGACGAGCUGGAACGUUUGCUUGAGGAGAAGGAAUUCAAGAACGCCGUCUUCCUCGUACUGGCCAACAAGCAGGACCUGCCAGGCGCCAUGACAGUUCCAGAGGUUGCCGAGGCAAUGAAGUUCCAGCAGAUCCUGAAAACUCAUAGAGCCACCAUUAUGGGAAGCUGCGCCGUCACGGGAGAGGGUCUGAAUGAAGCCAUGAACUGGUUGUCUCGUGAAAUCGAGACGUCAAGGAAAAGCCCGGAUGCUAAGCCUUGUGACCCGGAAACAGAUGCAACCUCGGAGAAGAAGACUGAAAAGUCUCCCUGGUCACUGUCCACUUAUAUGAAAGGAAACAUCGAGUCCCUCAAAGCAUUCCUACCGAAAUUGGGUUGAACACAUCCCUGUUUUGAUAAUGGCACAAUAGCCUAUUGCAGAGCUUCCGGUCCCAUUUAAAAACGAGGCUUGAGAGCCAGGGCCCCGUUCCACAAAGCGAGCGUAGCUCCCGUACUUUAACAUAGACUUACGUCAGUCGUAGCACUACGAUGGUUUUGUGGAUCUCGGCAAUUAUGCAUUCGGGGACUCUACGUUCAUUUUCGUUUUGAUAAUUAUAACUUGAUAAAAAGUCCAUUGUAGUUUGUAUUAAAUUAGCGUAAAUAUUAUGGAGUGCGAGGUCGUCAUCUUUCUCAGUGAAGCCCAUUUCUGGUGUCCCCCGCCGUGAUAUUGCUGGAAUAUUGCUAAAAGCGGCGUAAAACCAUACUCACUCACUCACUCUUUCUCAGAUUCAGAUUCAAUAGACCACCGACGGUGGUACAAGAGCAUACAGAAAUUAUAAAGAUGAAUAUAAUAUGUACACCAAGAAGGCUGUGCGCAUUUAGAUUUAGCAUUCAAAGUGGUAAAUACAAAUUAUACAUAUUUUGAUAGACGUUUAAGCUCGUUUAGUUUGGUUGUUAGAAAAAGGCUUUUUAGUGAAAACACAUUUGACCAAGUUAAAUAUCGUCUAGGAAUACGUGAAAAUCAUUUGUUAUCACAAGCUUGACUUCGAUAUAUAAUGGAAAUCACCUGUUAUUGCUGGAGAGGUACAGAGAACAUAGACGUUGUUCAGAAAGGCAAAUCCGUUUUGAAUUGCGCAAGUUAACCCUUUUGUUACACUAUUUAUGUGUUCAUGUAUAUCUGGUGUAGUCUCUCAUACGUCUUUCAAUUAUUUUAGUGUUAAAACACCGAACCACUGAUCAUGUCGAACACGUGGCUUACUAAUAACAGCAAGAGGAGUAUUUAUUUACAUUUAUAGGAGUUCAUAGUUCAAGGAUUAACCAAAUUCUCCCCUUUGAGUAAACAGAUUUCUGAAAAACACUGAUGGGUCAAUUAUUUAUCAGAUGUGUUUUAGUAACUGUAAGUGUUAUAUAUACAACAUGGUUGAACAGCACACAACGCUAAGUGUUAGGUUUCAGUGCUUUCGUCUGCUGCAGCAGUACAGAACAAUUAUUCCUCCGAAAUAGUUUGCUGAAAUGUUAGAUAUUAGGAAUAUUGAUUAUGUUAUAUUUGGUUAUUAUUUGUAAUAUAUAUAUUCAACUGUUUCUUAUUCUCCUUUAUCUUAUCCUACACAGACCGGUCUACUAUGUUUCUGAAGGGGUCAAAGCUGACCCGUUUAAUCACUGAUGCAUAACUUUGUUUUGAUGACACUGUAGACGAAACGAACUAUAGACGAAAGUUGUCAGCCCCAAAGGGUGUCGCGCGCUGGAAAGGCGCUUGUUCGGUUCGAAGUAAAAGGGAGCUCUUUG